UCCAAAACAUAAAACGUACAAAAAAGUUAAUGAUAAAAAAACGUAAAAAAAAAUACAAAAAUACAAAGAAAAAAGAAAGACAGCGUGGAGAGUAAAGCUAUUGGUAGCAUGGCUGCAACAGAAGGCCAAGUGUUUGGUCUUACAAUUUCAUUUUUAACUCUUUGUGUUAAUUAACCCAAUUAGCCCUUUCCUCCUUCAGGGUUUAUUUAACUUGCCCUUUCUCGUUUCCUCCUUUUUUUCUUAAACCACUCUGCUUCCUCUUCCUCUGAGAAAUCAAAUCACUCACACUCCAAAAAAAAAUCUAAACUUUCUCAGAGUUUAAUGAAGAAGCGCUUAACCACUUCCACUUGUUCUUCUUCUCCAUCUUCCUCUGUUUCUUCUUCUACUACUACUUCCUCUCCUAUUCAGUCGGAGGCUCCAAGGCCUAAACGAGCCAAAAGGGCUAAGAAAUCUUCUCCUUCUGGUGAUAAAUCUCAUAACCCGACAAGCCCUGCUUCUACCCGACGCAGCUCUAUCUACAGAGGAGUCACUAGACAUAGAUGGACUGGGAGAUUCGAGGCUCAUCUUUGGGACAAAAGCUCUUGGAAUUCGAUUCAGAACAAGAAAGGCAAACAAGGUUUCGUCUUCUUCUUUUUUUCUUCGUAACUCAUGAUUUUGUUUGUUUUAAUAAAGAUCUGGACUUUAACUGAUAAAUUUGGUUUCUUUGAUCUGUUGUUUGAUCUCAACUUCGUCACAACUUCACCAGUUUAUCUGGGAGCAUAUGACAGUGAAGAAGCAGCAGCACAUACGUACGAUCUGGCUGCUCUCAAGUACUGGGGACCCGACACCAUCUUGAAUUUUCCGGCAGAGACGUACACAAAGGAAUUGGAAGAAAUGCAGAGAGUGACAAAGGAAGAAUAUUUGGCUUCUCUCCGCCGCCAGAGCAGUGGUUUCUCCAGAGGCGUCUCUAAAUAUCGCGGCGUCGCUAGGCAUCACCACAACGGAAGAUGGGAGGCUCGGAUCGGAAGAGUGUUUGGGAACAAGUACUUGUACCUCGGCACCUAUAAUACGCAGGAGGAAGCUGCUGCAGCAUAUGACAUGGCUGCGAUUGAGUAUCGAGGCGCAAACGCGGUUACUAAUUUCGACAUUAGUAAUUACAUUGACCGGUUAAAGAAGAAAGGUGUUUUCCCGUUCCCUGUGAACCAAGCUAACCAUCAAGAGGGUAUUCUUGUUGAAGCCAAACAAGAAGUUGAAACGAGAGAAGCGAAGGAAGAGCCUAGAGAAGAAGUGAAACAACAGUACGUGGAAGAACCACCGCAAGAAGAAGAAGAGAAGGAAGAAGAGAAAGCAGAGCAACAAGAAGCAGAGAUUGUAGGAUAUUCAGAAGAAGCAGCAGUGGUCAAUUGCUGCAUAGACUCUUCAACCAUAAUGGAAAUGGAUCGUUGUGGGGACAACAAUGAGCUGGCUUGGAACUUCUGUAUGAUGGAUACAGGGUUUUCUCCGUUUUUGACUGAUCAGAAUCUCGCGAAUGAGAAUCCCAUAGAGUAUCCGGAGCUAUUCAAUGAGUUAGCAUUUGAGGACAACAUCGACUUCAUGUUCGAUGAUGGGAAGCACGAGUGCUUGAACUUGGAAAAUCUGGAUUGUUGCGUGGUGGGAAGAGAGAGCCCACCCUCUUCUUCUUCACCAUUGUCUUGCUUAUCUACUGACUCUGCUUCAUCAACAACAACAACAACAACCUCGGUUUCUUGUAACUAUUUGGUCUGAGAGAGAGAGCUUUGCCUUCUAGUUUGAAUUUCUAUUUCUUCCGCUUCUUCUUCUUUUUUUUCUUUUGUUGGGUUCUGCUUAGGGUUUGUAUUUCAGUUUCAGGGCUUGUUCGUUGGUUCUGAAUAAUCAAUGUCUUUGCCCCUUUUCUAAUGCUCCAAGUUCAGAUAAGAAAUAAAAACUAAAUGAACCGUAAAACACAAAGGAGGCUAAGAUGUCUAUGA